AACGGGAGGCCCGUGAGUGGGAGGAGGUCGGCGGUGCGUUUGAGUGCAGUGAGGCGGUGCCUGCGCUGCCUGCUCCAGACUGCGGUGGGCAGAGCUGUUUUGCUACAGAAAUGGCGGAGGGGGAGUUGGACGUGGACUCGCUGAUUUCCAGGCUUUUGGAGGUGCGAGGAUGUCGUCCAGGGAAGAUCGUCCAGAUGACGGAGGCGGAGGUGCGCGGCCUCUGCAUCAAGUCCCGGGAGAUCUUCCUCAGUCAGCCCAUCCUCCUGGAGCUGGAGGCCCCGCUCAAAAUCUGUGGUGACAUCCACGGACAGUACACAGACCUGCUGAGGCUCUUCGAGUACGGCGGCUUCCCUCCGGAGGCCAACUACCUGUUCCUGGGCGACUACGUGGACCGGGGGAAGCAGUCUCUGGAGACCAUCUGCCUGCUGCUGGCCUACAAGAUCAAAUACCCCGAGAACUUCUUCCUGCUGAGGGGCAACCACGAGUGUGCCUCCAUCAACCGCAUCUACGGCUUCUAUGACGAGUGUAAACGCAGAUUCAACAUCAAGCUGUGGAAGACGUUCACUGACUGCUUCAACUGCCUGCCCAUCGCUGCCAUCGUGGACGAGAAGAUCUUCUGCUGCCACGGAGGUCUCUCUCCCGACCUGCAGUCUAUGGAGCAGAUCAGACGCAUCAUGAGACCCACAGACGUGCCUGACACAGGCCUCCUGUGUGAUCUGCUGUGGUCUGACCCUGACAAGGAUGUCCAGGGCUGGGGAGAAAACGACCGCGGCGUCUCCUUCACCUUUGGAGCCGACGUGGUCAGCAAGUUCCUCAACCGCCACGACCUGGACCUCAUCUGCAGAGCCCACCAGGUGGUAGAAGAUGGUUACGAGUUCUUUGCCAAGCGGCAGCUGGUGACUCUGUUCUCAGCUCCAAACUACUGCGGGGAGUUCGACAACGCCGGCGGCAUGAUGAGCGUGGAUGAAACCCUGAUGUGCUCCUUCCAGAUCCUGAAGCCAUCUGAGAAGAAAGCCAAGUACCAGUAUGGAGGGAUGAACUCGGGUCGGCCCAUCACUCCUCCCCGCACAGCCCAACCCCCAAAGAAACGAUGAAGACAGACGGAGUGAGGAGGAGACACACAGAGAGAGAGAGGGGGGGGGAUUUUCAAAGAUCGUCUCCUGUUGGAAUUUGCAACACAAAAUGAGUAAAAGCAGCAGACUGCAGAGAGGGCAAACAGACGAACAAAACUAUUUCAAAAGAUGCACUCAAACCUGUCUUUCAUCUUCUUUCUUAUCUCCCUCUGAGCUGCUGUCGCACUCUCUUCUUCUCCCGCGAUAAUUAUUUUCUCUGCAUUUGUGUAACAUUUUUAAAACACUAAACAAGGGUGUCAUUCUGUAGCAUAUCGGAGUGUUUCUUUUUGUCCUUUGCUUUUUAUUUCUUGACAACAGAAUGACAACUAGUUGAGUUUACCACAUCUCCUUACUCCCCUGCCUGUACACACACACACAUACACACACAACAGGUAUUAAUGACUGCUGGGUUUUCAAUAAAUAAUACAGGAAAUGAA